UCAACAGAUGAGGACGUUUAACAAACUCAUUAGUUUUCAGUAACUGUAAAUUCUAUAAAUCUGAAUCUGAUUGAUGUUUAUAUUUAGAGAUUUUAUAUAGUUUUCCAGCUCAUUAUGAAGAAUAGAAUAAUGAUCAGAUAAGAGGCACCAAUAUAAUAAUUGAUGAAUAAUAUAACAUUGUAAUUACUCCAUAUCAAAAAUCAAUUUUAGAUAUCACAUAUAAAAACGUGACAUGAACAAUACAACCAUUUUUUAGGAUACGUUCGAAAUCCAAAAAGCGAGAUAGUUAUGUUGAAAAAACUUUGUCGAGUGAUCUUUCUAAUUCAUGCAGUUUCAUAUGAAUUAGUGUUGGCAGUCCAAAAAACAUCAUUACAACUGGAAAGCUUCAGUGUUUGCCCGGAAAACGAAAAUACAAGAUAUCCAAUUCGUGAUUUGACUUUUAACAGGGUUAACGCAACCCAUUCUGCCUUGAGUUUAAAAGUGUCUUUCUUAGACGACAUAGGUGACAAUAUUUGGAGUCAAAUUAUUUUGGAGAGAUGGACAAGUGGUGGAUGGGCUAGUGUUCCUUUUGUAACACAGAAAAAUCCAUGUAAAAUGUGCCUUCAAUAUUUCCCAGAAAUUUGGAUAGGAUAUUUUAGAGCUAUGGGUGUGAAGGAACCAGAAAAAUGUCCCAUUCCCAAGGGUGACUAUGUCUUAGAAAACUACCUCAUUCCAAUGCAAGGAGUUAAAAUACCCUUUUGGAAGGGUAGAUUUAGAGUGAAAGUCCUUUGGACAGGAUCUAAAGACUCAAAUGAUAUCUACUACUGCCUUGAAAUAGGUGCCUCAUCUGAAGAAAAAAUAUAAUUUGGGAAAAGAAAGAAAUAACUGAACUUCUUAAGGAAUAUUCAUACAAGUUUUUUUAUAUUUUGGAUUGAAGUCCAUUGAUGAAUGUAAUGAAAUAAAGCGGUUAUAUUGAUUA